UUAUUCCGACAUUUCUUUUCAGCAUUGCAGAACAAGCCUGCAGCAGUAGUCCUGUGCACCUGUUGUAGACAUCAACUCCUGCAGUAUGUUGGCACUAAGGAACAUCACCAGGGUGACCAGCAGGGGUCUGUUUCCUACCAACAUCUGUUCACCUAGUCUUAGACAUGCCUCAGUGUCUAACAAGCAGCGCACAGGGAAUGACAGGUUUGAGAGGAACCCAGUACCUUUCCGAGUGGCCAACAAAAUAUUAACAUUUAUGAAGAGACGAUCAAUAAUGGCAGAUAUGAACAAAACAUUAAAUGCGACAUCCAUGAAUACAGUGACUGAAAAGGAAUGGAACAGUGAAAUUCAAGAUUUGAAGAAAACUUUGUCAGGUGGACAUGGUGUGGAGAAGGGAUUCAGCACUCGUAUCAGUGAUAUCGGGCUCGACAAGUCGUUACAAGUUGCAGAUCUAUAUGUUUCUCAUAAUUACAUGGAAGUAAUGUUUCUGCCCAGACUGUUUGACUAUGCACUGCAUGCAGACUUCAGUGCUUAUCCUCCCAAAACUGUUGUCCAUUUAAUGUACUUUGUGUAUUUCCAUGGGAGAGCACCAUCAAUGCUUUUUAAAAAAGUCGAAGAUUAUUUGUCAAAUAAUCUUGAAUUGUUACACAUCAAUGAUAUAGGAUUAAUUUGUCUAGGAUUUUUUCGAGGCAAUGUGCGAAUAUUGUCUUACGAGCUACUUGAUAGAAUCAGUCAAAGACUAGUAGAUCAACUUGAAUUUGUGGAAAAAAAUAUGUUGAUAAAUAUAACCAAAGUGCUGUCCCAUUCAAGCUUUUUUAAAUUCAGUUUCUUUCAAAACUUUGCAGACAAAAUACUGACUGUUUCGUUCAUUGAAACAACAAUUAAUCCUUCAGUUUUGAUGCAUAUUGCAUCUUUUUAUGCAUCAGCGUCUGUGUAUCACAAACCACUGACCCAGUCUUUGAUGUCCGCAUUUGUUAGACUUUGUACACACAGUGACUUAAAGGUGAAGCCUAGAUCUAAAGACAUCGCUCAGUUUGUGAAGGCAAUGGGGAUGUUAUGUCAUGAACCAGUCAGUGAGAAGAUGACCUACAUGAAACUUGUGGAAGCUUACAAACGUUUCGAAGAAGAACGAACCCACCCUGAAUCUCUGGCAGACAUGUUGCACGGCUUGUCCUACCUCGGAAUACUCCCAACAGACAUGCUGGAUAUGCUGUUUCACCCGGAAAAGGUCAACCUCUUAAAAGGUCCCAGACGGUCAAAAGAACUGCAGCUUCGCCUAGUGAGCAACAUUGUGUUGAUCGAGUGCCCUGACUAUGCCGGGUUGCAGCAGGCUUGGAACGUGGCUCAGGAGUUUAAUGCCCAGGGUUGGAGAAACUUCCAGCAGGAGAUAAAUAUUCGCAGAGGCUUCAAGGAAAUACACAAGUCACUGGCCAACAUGCUGGGUGCAGAUCGAGUCAAGGCGGACUAUAUCCUGCCACACUACAGAAGUGCAAAUAUUGAACUGAGACUUGAUGCCUCAAAUCAUCCAAUAAAGACAGGGGACUAUGACAAUCAAGACCCUUGGAAUGUGCAACCCCUUGACACCAAGCAUGGCAGUGAGCCUAGUGUAACACAACACAAGAUCGCCAUAGAGCUUGGGAGUAUUCGACAGUUCCUCUCGUCAGACAGCCUCUCUCUUGAUGCCACCACUCUCAAGGGUUUGCCAGUCACCAGCAGUAACCAGGCACACCAUGUCAAACUGAAUGGGCACAACCAGACCAAAAUGAGAAAUCUGAACCAACUCGGAUACAAAGUAAUUAUGCUCCACCCCCACGAGGUAAAUGAGCUGGCGGACAUGAAGGAGGAUGAGCGCCGGAGGGUUCUGUGUGAACGACUCCACAAAGAAACGGGAAUGGACGUUCAGGUGUGUCAGAUGGAGUCCUGACAUCAGUGGAUGCCAAUUAGGUGUGUAAGGAAGAGUCAAGAUCCUCAGGACAACACAACACCAAGGUUCAUGGUGGGCACCCUGGUCUGCAGAUGGAGUCUUCACUCUUGGUACAAGCCUUAGUGGUUGACAUUCAGGUGUGGAUGGAAGAGUCAAGAUCCUCAGGACAACACAACACCAAGGUUCAUGGUGUGAGGGUUCUGGUCUGCAGAUGGAGUCUUUACUCUUGGUACAGACCUUAUUGGUUGACAUUCAGGUGUGGACGGAAGAGUCAGAUCCUUACACCAAGGUUCAUGGUGAGGGUUCUGGUCUGCAGUUGGAGUCUUUACUCUUGGUACAGACCUUAUUGGUUGACAUUCAGGUGUGGCUGAAGUGUCAGAUCCUCGGAACAGGCAACACCAAAGUCCAUGGUGGAUGUUCAGGAGUGCAGAUGGUGUCCAAAUCCCAGGUGAUCUGAAUCCAGAUCCAGGUGAAAUGUUAUAUAUGGAACUGUAGUAGACUUCCUCUAUCUCAAGCCUGAUGAGACGCACAGAGGCUUUGACGCAAAAAAUGUGCAUAAAGGUAUAUACUGUCACUGAUAGGGGUUUUGCAGUAUAUAAAAGGAUCCUUUUGCGUUUUUUUGGCAUUACAAGCCCCCUGCAAAGGGACAGACAUGUACGAGAUGUGACAUUUGAGAUUGAGGACGUCUACGGUACAGUAAUUUGUGAUACUGAUUUCACCAGCUGUUUUAUUACAAGUGGUUGUAUGAUAACUGUUUUCAGCAGCCAGAGUUUCACGUCACUUGGCAGCUGGACUAAUGUUGUAUCUGUGAUACUGUGAGUGUGUUUCUGUGUAGAUGG